AGAAAGAUUGUUUCCAAUUUUUAUGUAUUGCUUUUUAUUGCCCUCUUUGACCAGUAAGAUUUAAUGUCACUAUUUAUGGAAUUGGUAGAGAGAAUUUUAGAUUUGUACUUAAAUUAAUGUGUUCCAUUUGGGGAAUCUUUUUGAUAUAGUUGUAGUGGCUUUUUUUUUUAUGUUAGGCUGAGUAUAUGGACCUGAAGACCCUUUUAGACCGUACAAACGAAGCCAUCAACACCAUCAUACGACUUGAUGAGACCACCGAAACUGGGGAAUAUCUUCAGCCUUGUAUAGAAGCUGCAUUGCAUUUGGGGUGCACGCCAAGGAAAACUCCUAGGAGCCAACGGAACAUUAACCCGAGAUGUUAUCUUAGCCAAGACUCAACUAACUUGAACAACAUUUUAUCCCAAGUAUUCAUGAAACCGAACAACUUUGUUCCAAAGAAUCUUGUUGCAGUAGCACAAGAGAAGCGGGUCGAGAAAUGUCCUGUUUCCAAGUACUCAGCCUACCCUUUAUGCUAUUCAUUCCGGCAAAUCCCUGACUCGUGCAAGUCCAAAAACAGCAGACCGGCGAGUGUCAAAGAUGCAGCCGGUGGCGUUACCUUUGGUGGGUGUGAAUGUGAUCUAUCUCUGCGCUUAGGUCCUAGUAAGCCUACUCAAAAACGAAGUAAGAUAAGCAGCAGCAGCAACAACUACAGCUGAAAAGGAGGGCAAAGAUUGAGUUUUGUUUAGCGAGUCUUGUGUCAGAAGGAAUGUGUACGCUUAGGUUAGGUCGUUUAGUCUCCACUCUAGGGUUUAGGUGUUUGUAAGUAAACAAAAACAGUCCAAUGAAACUCUUCUUCUUUUCCUUUCACCUGCAUCAGUCUCGAAUCAACUGACUUCAAGAUUGCACA